AUGAACCAACCUGGUAAAUCUCUAGGGGUGAUUGGCCUUGGUGGCCUAGGUCACAUGGCAGUGAAGUUUGGCAAGGCAUUUGGUUUGAAUGUAACAAUUUUCGGCACUAGCAUAUCCAAGAAAGAGGAAGCUUUAAGUCAGCUGGGUGCAGAUAACUUUGUGGUCUCAUCAGACAGAAAUCAGAUGAAGGCCCUGGUUAAGUCAGUAGACUUUAUAAUUGAUAUAGCAUCUGGUGGAACAAAGGAUAUCCAAGAAAUGAUAGAUUUCUGUGCUUCAAAUGGAAUUCAUCCAAUGAUUGAAAUAAUUCCAAUUCAAUCUGCAAAUGAAGCUAUUGAGAGGCUACUAAAAAGUGUUGUGAUAUACGGGUUUGUGAUUGAUAUUGAAAACUCCCUGAAAUGA